CGGGGCGCGGGAGCAGCGGCGCGCCCGGGGGGUGACCCGAGGCGCGGGCGGGGGUCCCCGCGGGCAGGGGCGUGGCCUCGGCGGACCCCGCACCCAUGGCCUCGCGGCUGCUGCACCGGCUGCGGCACGUCCUGGCCGGGGACGGCCCCGGGGAGGCGGCGGCGGCGGCGGCGGCGGGGGGCCCCGAGGCCGAGCAGUUCCCCGAGAGCUCGGAGCUGGAGGACGACGAUGCCGAGGGCCUGUCCUCCCGCCUCAGCGGCACCCUGAGCUUCACCAGCGCCGAGGACGAGGACGACGGGGACGACGGGGACGACGAGGAGGCCGGCCCCGAGGCGCCGGCCGCGGGGGACGGGGCGGCGGGCGAGGAUGCAGACCACAGCCCCCCGCCCGAGGGCCAGCGGGGCGGCCAGCUCCUGGCCCGCCAGUGGCAGGGCUUCUGGAAAAAGUCCCGGAACACCCUGGUGCCCCAGCGGCUCCUCUUCGAGGUGACCAGUGCCACCGUGGUUAAGGACCCCCCCUCCAAGUACGUGCUCUACACCCUCGUCUUGACGGGCCCCGGCCCUCCGGCCCGCCAGCCCGCGCAGAUUUCCCGCCGCUACUCGGACUUCGAGCGGCUGCACCGGGACCUGCAGCGCCAGUUCCGGGGCCCCAUGACCGCCCUGUCCUUCCCCCGGAAGCGUCUGCGUCGCAACUUCACCGCCGAGACCAUCGCCCGCCGCAGCCGGGCCUUCGAGCAGUUCCUGGGCCACCUGCAGUCCGUGCCCGAGCUGCGCCAAGCCCCGGCCCUGCACGACUUCUUCGUGCUGCCCGAGCUGCGGCGGGCACAGGGCCUCACCUGCACCGGCCUCUACCGCGAGGCGCUGGCGCUCUGGGCCAAUGCCUGGCAGCUGCAGGCCCAGCUGGGCACCUCCUCGGGCCCUGACCGUCCGCUGCUGACCCUGGCCGGGCUAGCCGUGUGCCACCAGGAGCUGGAGGACCCCGGGGAGGCCCGGGCGUGCUGCGAGAGGGCCUUGCAGCUGCUGGGGGAUGAGGGUCCGCCACACCCGCUGCUGGCGCCCUUCCUGGAAGCUCAUGUCCGCCUCUCCUGGCACCUGGGCCUGGACAAGCGCCAGUCGGAGGCCCGGCUCCAGGCACUGCAGGAGGCUGGCCUGACCUCCAUGCCGCCCCCCAGUCUCAAGGAACUGCUCAUCAAGGAGGUACUGGACUAGCGGUACUGGCCCGCUGAAGGGGAACGGAGAGGAGACGCACAGUGGCCCCGAGGCCGGAGGGGGUGCUGGGAACCCCCCCCCCACACACACACACACCCUGG